UCCACCCGCUUCUCUUUGUGCCCUGAAUCACCCAUUCGUUUCUCUAAUCCAUAUCUCCUGCAUCUUCUUACGCUUCUACUGCAGCAAUUCUCUCUCAUCCAUACCUAAAUCUAUUUUCUUUGGAUCUUCUUCUCUUUGCAAUCAGGUCUCUCACCGGAUUUCAUUCUAUGGUUUUUUUUAUUGAUUAUCUGAUACGAUUCAUGUAUAAAUCCAACACCUUGAUGUUAUAUGCUUACUAUUGAAACCCUAAUUCAAUGAAGGUCAGUGUUCUAUUGAAGAAGUGAUCAUUUGUUGAUUUAAGACAUCUAUGGUUCCUCGCACCAGUUAUAGAUAAGUGGGUUCCUCUUCUCCCAGACAUCUAGAUAUGCAAUGAGCUUUCGAUUUUGUUAUAUUGUUCAUAAUUCCAUUGGAAGUAACAUUAGUGAUUUGUAUUCUCUUUUCAUGUUAACUUUGGUUUCGAUCUGGUUUAUUUUGGGAUUAGGGUUCAUAGAGUUGUUACAUAAUUCCAGUGUAAGACAUAGCUGCCAUGUCUUUUUUUUAUUUUUCUUAAAUUACAGCUGCAAAUGGCUGCGAAAAACAGUCAUACAGGGCUGGGAAUUAUACUCGUAUAGGGCUGGAAUACUUUUGUUCUAUGGGGGUUGUUAUACAGCCAUGUAAGGCUAUGAAAUACGCUCUUAUGGGGCUAGAAAUAUGCUUGUACAAGGUUGAAUGAAGAUUAACAAGCAUUUUAAAGGAAACUGUAAGUUGAUCUUACCCUAAAUUUUAUAGUAUGUGGGUCAAUCAUUAUAGAAAAUAUCCUUACUUUGAUACUAUUCUGAGUUAAUAAACAUAUUUUCAGCUCCUUUCUAUGAAGCUUGCUUCUGUUAAUCCUAUACUGUACAAACAGUGCUAAUUAUAAGAACCGUAAGAACAGAUCUGAACCAUUGUUAAUUUAAAUCAAGGGUUGAUAUUGAUUAUAAAUAAAACUCUUAUAAUUAAAAAUUACUACUAACAAAUUAGGGGUAAUUUUGUAAAAUUGCUAGUCAUUUGACCAUUUUCUAUUAAAUACAAAUUCCACCAAGGUUUUUUAAACUAAAAUAACUUUUAUAUACUUCAUUAUUUUUUUUAAAAAUAUAUACCAUAAAAUCAAGUAUUUUUUUAUCUUUAAUAUGAGUACCAUAUUGCUAUACCUUUUUGUAUUUAUAAAAGUGUUUUUUAAAAAAAGUUAACAAAAGGUGUUUUAUAUUUGUGCUAAUAAGGUGCUGAUUAUGUGUUAAUUACAAAAUAAUACAAACAAACACCAAAAGUAGAUAUAAUCAGCACAUCUGGUGUGCUGAUAAUGGAGAACGAUUGAAGAUGUUGUGCUAAUGUCGUUUAUGUUGAUAAUGGAGAACGAUUCGAGGACGAUGUGCUGAUAAUGAAGAACGAUUAAUGAUGUUGUGCUAAUUAUAUAGUGUUGUGCUGAUUAUAUUUUUUGUAAUUAUUUUUAAUUAGUUAUAAAUAAAUAUGGUCAAAAAGUCUAAAUUACCCCUAAACUAAUUUUUUAUUGAUGGACACUUGUCAAUUAUGUAUUGGUUCUUAUGGUUCUUACAAACUUAAGUGUUUGUAUUUGAUCCCAUUCCUACUGUAUGAUUUUGAAGUGGAUUUGGACGCAUUCAUGGUUAAACCUGAUGAGGUAACUAAUUAAAUUAUUAAUUGAGGUUUUGCGAUCCCAUACACACAUAUACAAACAAACUAAAAACGGAUUAAAGAUGCGGGUUUGAGUUCGGUCUAAACAGGUUUCGUUAAAUCUUGGGUUCGGGUUAACGUGGUGGGUUGACCCAUUAAUUUUUAAUUUUUUAAAAUUAUGUUUUUGCGCUAUAAAUAAAAAUGAUUAGGUACGUCACGAGUGAAAACUCAUUCAUUUUGAAACCAAUAGUUUUUAGUAGGACCCAAAACUAUUCUGGCCAGUUUCACCCGUAAACACGUUUACUCUUUUUUUUUAAAAGUCGUUCUUGAUCAUGACAUUGUUUGCAUUUCUACCAAAGGCUUUUGAUACGAAAUCUUUUGUUUUAAAACUGGGCAAUCAAUAAACUCUGCUCAAAAACAAAAUCAACCCUCCCGAUGCAAUAAAGACUUGAUACAAAUAUAAUUAUUGUGUGAUUGUUUCUUGAUUUUGGCGAAUUGUUAUGCGAGUCUUGAACACAAAGUCCAGGCACUAAUUAAAGUUUAAUGGACCAUUCUAUAUUUGUUUUCCUUAACUAGCCUACAACACCAAUGGAGCGCUAUGAAUAGCUCAACAAACGCUUAUUGAAGUUUGGUUCAUUUUCAUUAGUCCAAAGCUUUCAAUGGAUUUCUUAUCCAUUGAGGUGACUACCCCUUUCUCUUUCGGUUCCUACAACAAUGUCGGUAGCGAACCGAAUCGAUACAAAUGGAUCAAAUUAGAUCUUUGUUUUAUACAACAAAUUUGCAGUAUACUAGAUUACUAGGGCUGCAACUAUGGUUUCAAAAGGUGUAUAAUUUAGCAACUUAUGUUCAGUUUUGUGUUGAUGUUAGAUGAUUCUUGCUAGAUCAGUUAUAUAUACUUGAUUUUUGUUAGACAUGUUCAUGUGUUUUUUAUGUCUCAACUCCAAAUGUGGUUUUUUUAUUUGUGAAAUUCGUGUUUCUAAAAAACUUGUGAUCAUUCGUUAUUUAUCAUUUAGUGAGAAGUUUAAUAGGGUUUAUGUUCAUAUGCUCAUGAUUAGGGUGAACAUAUUUUUUCUCUUUUUAAUAUUUCAUAUAUAGAUUUUAAGUACAUUGAAGUAUGGUUUAAAUGGGUUCCUAUUGGUGAGGUGUGGAGGUAAUUGAAUCUGUUGUCAGUCAAACAUCCUAUUACAAAGAUUCAACCUUUAAAUUUCUUUGUUAACUAGCACCUAAUAACUAAAAAAAUUUUUACAAGAAUUUUUCUUCGAUUUCAUCACUUAAUGUAAUUUCAUCAUGUUUGUUCUUUGAUUUCAAUUCAUUCGAACAGUCGAUUCGCCCUAAUUGACUUUAUCAUGGAUUAACAGGUGCAAGAUCGAUGGAUGACAAGUUUAAAAGAAAACAUCACCAAAGCAGAUUUCACUUUCUCUAUCCACCAACCAUGAUUUUGUUUGAAUUUCUUGGAUUACAGAUACUGGUACCAGUUAAAAGAUUUAAAAACUUCAUAUUCUGAUUCUUUAAUGUCAAUGGUAUCAUUUAUAACUUCAUUUGCAGUAAUGGUAUCAUUAUAGAAGGAUCUCCACUAGCUUAUAGUAUGCCUCGUGAGGCUUAUGCUAAUAUGUAUGGUCCUACUAUUGGUGACAAUUCGUCUGAGUGAUACUGAAUUGUUUGCACAAGUUGAAAAAGAUCUUGAUGUUUAUGGUGACGAGUGUGUGUUUGGUGGUGGAAAAGUUAUAAGAGAUGGAAUGGGGCAAGCUGCAGGGUUUUCUGCAGCUGAUUGUCGGGUCGUUAAGUCAGCAAUCUUUUUCAAGCAAAUACUUUUUGAAUGAAUGUUUAUCCUCGGAGGAUCAUUUGAUUAAGGAAGCUGCUGAGUGGGCUAAACAGGCCAUAAGUCGCGCUAUUUGUAUUUGAGCGUUCUGCUAUUACUUAAUUUCUCAUUUUUUCGUUUUUUUCUGUAAAGAUCAUCAAGGAGUGGAAUGUGGAGACAGGAGAAUCUUGCAGAACCGAGAUGUUCUUCUUAAACUUUAGGUUGGAUCAGGUCCUGAUAAACAGUUGAGUGCAGCUCAGGUGUUUGAUAGAGUGCGUAAAUUGUCCGGCAAUUCCGGUAAAUUAAGGACAUGGACACAAAAAGCCUUUCUUCGUCCGAGAGUCAAAGACACAAUGUGCCUUACAUUCAUAAGGACAUUGGAUACUCAAAACUUGCAUUUUUACCUCUUCAAUAUGGACUAUGGUUAUACAAUGGUUUCGGGUGGUUGGCGACAGGGAGAAUGUUGGGCGUUGGAGCACGUUUUGGUACCUACGAGUUAUUGACGGCUUUCUAUAAAGACGGUCGUAAAGACAACUACGUGUACGUCUCUGAAGCUCUCACGACAGGAAUCGUAGCAGGUGGUGUGGAAUCACUAAUGAACUCUCUGUUUGAGCUUUUUACGAUUCGUGCGCAGGUGUCAGCCGUUUCUCGUGUUCCAAACUCUUCUACGAAUUUGCAAAAAGCGUCUGUAUCAACUUCAGUUACAAAACUACUGCGUGGAUAUAAUCCAGACGUCAAGGCACUGGACCAUUCGAUUGGAUUGGUCUGUUGUCCACCGUAGACACUAAACGUUCGAACUUGACGGGCUCUCUGAAAGAUUACCCGUGUAUAUGUUUUUAUAGUUCAUCUAACGAGGCCUAAUGCAUUAGUGUUACUCUUGAUUCAAUAUUUUACUCAUAGGUAUGGUUUGAUUUUAAUUUUAAAUAGAAAUAAAUGAGUGUGUGUUGAAAUUUUUGAUUAA